CGUGUCAUCAGCAAUCAGUGCUCGCAAAAAACACAAAGCCAUACAUAUGUCUGGCAAUUCAUUUCGUAUACUUAGUGAAAAUAGCAAACUUGUCGUAUUCUAGCGCUUGUGCGUGGCAUUCUGUGCAACCUCGCAUAACGCUGUGUGGAAGUGUGUGUGAAAAACUAUAGCAGUGCAUUCCGUUAAAGUGUGCAAAUCAGAGUUUUUCCUGCAAAGCGGAAAUUCUUAAUUCCUGCAGUUAAACACAAAGCGAACAGCAAAGCUUUGAGAUGCAUUCCACGGCAUGCAGUGCGUCGGCUUUAAACUCGACGAACUCUACGAGCACAUCAUCGCCAAAUACAACUGAUGGAUUAAAGAUGGUACACUCCAAUGAAGAUGCGCUCAACAAAAUUCCACUGAAAUCUGCCAGCGGCUUGGAUGAUGAGGAGAAAAAUGGUGGUGAAUUCACCAGUGAUACGGCGGCGGCGGAGGAGGCGAGACGCGAGCAAAUGCGCGCGAACAUUCUGAAAUGGAUGAAAAAGCUGACGAUUGUUCUCAUCUGCUUCAUCGGUGUAGCGCUCAUCACCUACGUUAUCAUCAGCCUCUGCUUUAGCGAUUGGUCUAAAACGUCAAAUGCACAAAGCAACAACACAAGCAUCAACAAUGAUACAUCCUUCACUCUUCCAUCCACCUAUAAUUCUUCUCUCUCGCCAGAUGAUGACAGCAGCAGCAGCAGCAGUAGUAGUAAAAAUGGCGCGCUGGCGUCGAACUCAACAAGUGAAGGAAAUGGCAGCCUAUUAGCCGCUAUUGCCACCACAACGGCGGCCACCAUCGCCACAGCUGGUUUCGGUGACUCAGCGGCACAGCCCACUAACACAUACACCGCCACCACAACUGGCGCGGCACCAACAACUACAACAGUCGAUACUGCGCCCGGCACACCGCAAACAACCGCCAGCACAGCUGCGUCCGGCGCAACAACAGCAAAAAGUAGCGCCGCGCAACCGACGAGAAAGGCGCUGGUGCUUAAGGACUCGCCGCCAUUGAUAAGUGACAAAUUCGAAUCGAAAUUGGGCGUUUAUGAGCAGGCGGCUGUUUGCUCGGACCGAGAAGUUUGCAGCGAAAUUGGCAGUCACAUGCUCGAUCAAAAGGGUAGCGCUGUGGAUGCCGCUAUCGCCACAUUACUGUGUAACGGAAUACUCACUAUGCAUAGCAUGGGUAUCGGCGGCGGCAUGCUUAUGAACAUAUUUUUGAAGGACACGCAACACGCUUACUCUAUCGACGCCCGCGAAGUUGCGCCGUUCGCAGCGUUCCAAGAGAUGUUCGAUGGCAAACUGGAACUGUCGUUGAAUGGUGGUCUUUCCAUUGCUGUACCUGGAGAACUGAUGGGCUAUCAUCGGGCGCACGAACGUUUUGGCAAGUUGCCAUGGAAAACGCUGGUCGAACCAUCGGUUAAAUUGUGUCAUGAAGGCUUCUAUUUGACACAUCAUCAAUGGAACGCCUUAAACUAUCGUUGGCAUCACAUGAAGAACAACACGGUGUUGACCGAUGUUUUCGUUAAUGCCACCACUGGGCAGCUGUUUCCCGUCGGCACCAAAAUAAAACCGCAAAAAGUGCUUUGCUCAACUUAUGAGCUUCUAGCAGAAAAUGGACCACUUGAUUUCUAUAAUGGCACCUUAGCGCAGUUGGUUGUGGAAGACCUCAAAGAUCUGGGCAGUACAGUGACAGCGUACGAUCUGGAAUCCUACUCCGCCGACAUGGUCAGUUCAAUAACAAUGCAGUUGGGCGAUGAUAUACUCUAUGCGGUGCCACCAAUUAGUAGCGGCACUGUUGUAGCCAAUAUUCUCAGCAUAUUGGAAGGUUUUAAUUUAACUAAAGCUGAUUUCGUUGGCGCCGAAAACGAAGCUAAGACGUUGCAUCGCUUCGCAGAGGCAUUAAAGUAUGGUUUUGCAAAACGAUGGGAGCUGGGAGAUUUGCGCUUCAAUGAUGUUCGUGAGGUAUGUACUUACUCGGGUAAUGCCGAUAUUUACGGAAUGAGCAUACGCGAAAAGAUAAACGAUGACAAAGUACACAAAGCGGUCUUUGAUUAUGGCGCACAAUUUAUGGGCGAAGAUGAUGCAGGCACCUCUCCUACAGUCGUUCUGGCGCCCAACGGAGAUGCAGUCUCGGUGACAAGUUCCGUUAACGAAUAUUUUGGUGCCAGUCAGGCGGGGCGACGUACCGGUAUCGUGUUUAACAGCGCCAUGAAUGAUUUCUCUGUGGAAGGCACAUCUAAUAAUUUUGGUUUGCCGGCGGCACCGAGCAAUUUUAUUGAUGCCCGCAAGCGGCCCAUGUCUUCGAUGUCGCCAAUGAUUUUGGCCGAUCGUAAAGGUAACGUGCGUUUAGCGUUCAGCGCUGCUGGCGGCUCGAAAAUCAUAUCGGGUGUUACUGAGGUGGCGGCGCGCUAUUUGUGGUUUGGACAGGAUAUAAAAUCAGCUAUUGACGCGCCGCGCAUCCAUCAUCAACUCGUGCCCAAUGUGUUGCAAUACGAAUUUGGCCGAUUUAGCGAAGAGAUCUUAACGCUGCUAAAGAACAAAGGACAUGAGUUAAAACCAUUCAAGGAUAUUGGUUCCGUUGUGUGCGCCAUCGCACAAAAUGAUACCGCGAUAUAUGCGAACGCGGACUACCGAAAACGGGGCGGCGUCGCUGGCUUUUGAGACCACCACCGUUAAUCCUCAACGGUUUUUUAGCAUAAGUGUGCGCUAAGUCCAAAAUAAAAAAAAAGAUACGAGAUUAUUUAUUAUCUACAACCGAGUCAAUGAAACAAGUUUACACAAACACGAACUGCAAAAUUCGAAACAAUCGCGGCAGCCAUUUUUAAGCUGUAUAUUUUAAGAUUUGCAUAUAAAUAUAUGUAGGCAUAAUUGCAGUAGGUAAUUCUUAUACAAAAACAUAACAAAAACAAGAAAGAUUAGCACUCGAUUACUCCAAUCCGAGCUCUAAACAUUUUGGACACUUUGUACAUUGUAGUAUUGGAUUUGUAUUUGUAAUUUGUAUUUUUUUAAGUAUUAUUCUUAGCAUUAUUUCAUAUCAUGUGCAUACAUACCUAAAUACAUACCAAUCUAUUACAUACUAUAUACACGAUUACCGAGAUAUUGCUGAAUUUAAAACACAAAUAAAGCUAAUCAAUGCAGGAAAGCGUAUUUAUCUAGAUAUUGAAGCAGUAUUGCUGUAAGCCACCUUGUAAAAUGCAUUGUUUUCAAAAAACUUUAAUAAAAUAAAUAGACGAAAAGCUUUAA